GUUGCGAUAUAUACUUCACUAUGUAUAUAAUUGACUCAACUUUGGUCAUCCAAGUACUUUCAUAUGGUAUAGUUCGGGUCCUAUAUCUAGGACUAGGAGAUAGAUGAGCAGCUGACGACACGUGACGAGGUCCUUAAUGAAUAAAACUCCACAUAAACAUAGCUAACAAUAGGAUAACCAUCCUCCCUUCUCUCCAACUUUCCAUUUUGUUUUGUUUCUCAAUUUUCUAUUUAAAGACACCUAAAACAAAAUGAAGAAAACAAAGAUUAUUUCUACAAAGUAAACUCAUCUUAUUUUGAUUGUGAUUUCGAGUUACUAAUUCAUUAGACAUGAAGAUCAUUUCAUGGAUACUUAUCGCCAUCAUCAUGAUCUUGGCAUCAUUUCCUGCUCCGAUCAAAGUCGUUGGUGCCAAAAAAGAGCUACCAUUUUGCAAUCUGGAGCUUCUACCUUGCGUCGAACCUUUUCUUGUUAACGGUCGCGGAGGCAAACUGCCUAAUGGCUGUUGUGAGAAAAUGAAAAAGUCAACAUCAUGUAUGUGUAGAUUUCUUACGGCCAAGGAACAUAACCUAAACGCAGCUGCUCAUAGAAUAUUCUGGUUUUGCCAUAUUUCCGUCCCUAAUUGUCCAAAAAUCUAGAGAUUAUAGGUUAUGUUCCUCGGCCAUAAUUAUGAUACUUUGGUUAAUUGAAGCUCGACAUGUGUGAGACACAAGCCGAGUUUCAAUAUAUAACCUUUUAAGGGGCAAAUUAAUCUCUUACUUUAUUCUUCUUUAAUACAUAAAAAGAAGUUGUAACUAACACAAAAACAUGAUGAAUUUGUGAAAUGAAUAAGCGCUCAAAUUCGAGCUAGGAGAUCAUGGAUUAAGAAAUAUUUUUCGGCGAAACGUAAAAAA